AUGGCUUACACCUGGUACUGCUGUGGCUGCUCCUUCGGCCCUCACGACGCCGAUCUUCAGUCUACCUGCCUCGAGUGUGGAGAGCGACGCUGCGAAGACUGCACCUACGAGCGUCAACCUUCAAUGGACGCUUGCCAUGAACUCUCUCCUUACCCAGUCCCAACUUCAACAUGCCACCACACAUCGCACCACUUGGGAGUAUCACCGGCCAUGGCCAACCUCGCCUUGCCCAAUGGCCCAUCACUCGGUUUUGAGAAUGUGUCUGGCUGCGGAAUCCCCAACAUGUCCAAUGAAGGAGUCAAGACUGCCGGCGGUGCCCUAUACAUCUGCUGCCAAUGCCAGGACGGCCCUAAACUAUGGGACAACCAGCCAAAGUGUGCUACGACAAUGCCUUGA